GCCUCGGAACUUCAAGCGAAAGACGUGCCAUGUGAAUCUAGGCACAAAGAUAAAUGGCAUUGCGCACUCAUUUGACAGUUGAGCAGCCAUAGCAACAGCCCGGCAAUCUCCCGACGUGCCCAGAUCUUUCUUCCGCGACCAACAUGAAGUUUUCUCUCCUAAUCCUCUCUCUACUGACGGUAAGCUCAGCGCUCCCGCUCGAGCCUCGUCAAGAGCAAAGCCUUGCACCGCAACUCCUCACUACGAUCAAUGACUUGAACACCGCGGUCACCGACCUGACGACAGCCGUCAACAAGUUCGAUGGAUCCUUGUUCGGUCUUCUACCGCAAGCACUUUCUGUUGUGAAGACUGAGGCAAAGCUCGACCUUACCAUCCUGAAGGCGACUGGCAUCACCGAGAGGAGUGCAAGCUUCACUGCAGAAGAGAGCACCAACAUCGUGAACACAUUGGCUGGGGGGAUUGGUCCAAUCCAAGCAUCACUGGAGGCGCUCGAGGCAAAGUACCCUACUUUCAAGAAGACGCUCACAGCCCCAAUCGUAUUGCUGGAUCUCAAGAUUCUGAAGAAGCACACCGGUGGGCUUAUAGAUGCAUUGGCUGUGAAGGUAACUGCGGACAGUGCAGGUCUUCUGGGCUUAGGCAAGGGUAUUCUGGAUCAGUCUUUCGACAAUGCUAUCGCUGUGUAUAGCGCGUAAAACGGCUACUGUACUUUCUUGAAUUAUCUGGGUGGAACCUUUGAGUUCUGAUGUCUCUUUCCUCGGCCGAAAACUUAUGGAAAGAGUUGUCCGCCACCGUCCUUACCUCGCUUCAUAGAGCACGCGACAAUGACUGGC